AUGGGUCAUGAGUCGACCAGUUGUCCUGCUAGAGCCAGACAGACUAGGGAUGCUCCGAGAGGUGAUAAACCUACUACAGUUAGGAGGGUGUUCGCCUUGACAAGGGCUAAAGCUUCCAUUUCAUCUGAUCUAGUGAAGGGGAAGGGCAAAGCUACUGGUAAGGAUGUGGUGGUUUUGUUUGAUUCAGGAGCGUCCCAUUCUUUUAUUUCCUAUGCAUGUGCUGAAAUGUUGGGUUUGUCUGUAUGCGAUUUGGGGUUGAGAUUGCUUGUGUCAACGCCUACUUCUGCUUCUGUUGUUGUUUCUGAGAUGUGUGUUGGUUGUCCUUUAGAGAUGGGUGAGAGGAAGUAUAAGGAAGUUGAUUUUUCCUCAGGUGGAGGAUGA